GAAACAACUUGCAAGUUGGUCACGGAGCGCGUGACAAUGAGCUUCGGUCCGUCCGCGGUCCGGAGCUAGCAGCAGGAUCUUGGGAAAAGUCACGAGCGAAUGAAAGAAACCUGGGCUCGUCGUAGGGGGGCUGAUUCCACCGACUUCCAGUCACUGUUUUUUCAACGCAAAGCAAUGAGACUUCGGUGCCCGAGCUGUGCAUUUGCUGGGAAGGCUCCCCAAACUCUACGAGGAUUGUGAGGUGUGCCACUCAGUGUCUCCCAUUACGUUCCAGGUCGCUACAGUCGCAAUCGAGACCGGCCCGCAUCUUCGAUUCGGUCGAGGCUACCGAGCUUAUCGGCCAACACCGCAGUCACAUCCGCACUCAGUCUCUAGCACCGCCAAUAUGUAAAGCGAGCAGGGAUUUUCUGCGAGCGGAUCACAGCAGCUUCCGGUGGAUGAGCUCCUCGGAUCGCGAUUGCAUCAUAUCAUGUGAUCGCGCCUGAUUUUGGACCUCGAUUUCAUGACUUCCGAAACGCGACUGGCCGAAUUCUUUGCUCGUCAGAGGCUGUUGCUGGCUCAAGAGAGGGCUGCGGAAGUCGAGCGCAGCUCCCUCCUUCUCUCUAACUGCGGACCCAAGCUGCUCGAGCAGAAGGGACUUUCUUUGGCCGGACUUGGGGUGGUGAACGUGAACAUCGGCCUCGGUGGAAAGACAUUAGUUGAAUUGGAACGGCCGACGGCAUAUCACACGAGUCCGCUCUUUCCUCCUCACACUUUCCGACCCGGCGAUCUCGCUCGGAUCGAGACCAACGUAACAUCUAACGCAAAGAAGACUGCGAAGAAAACUGAGAGUCAGCCUCAAACUGAGGGCGUGGUCUAUCGAGUUACUGACACCAGGAUUGUGAUCGCCGUUGACGGUGGGGCGGAUGAACAUGAACUCGAAAUACCGGAGCGAUGCAGGGUCGUCAAGCUUGCGAACAAUGUCACUUACGACAGGCGAGUGCACGCGUAUUCCAGUGCAAUUCAACUUGACGCCUGCUGUGAGCAGGAUGGACAAGACGAUCGAUCAGCUGGAACGAAUCGCGACGGGAUCUCCAGACGUUAAACUUUCUCUAGAGAAGCACCGACUAGUGCAGAUCCUCCUGGCAAUGACGCCUCGAUCGCCGGAAGCCCCACCGCCCGCCGCAAUCACUUUCUUCGACGACACGCUCAACGACAGCCAAAAAGCCGCUGUCCAGUUCUGUCUCCAAGCGCCGGAGGUCGCAUGUAUCCACGGUCCACCCGGUACAGGGAAAACACACACCCUCAUCGAAGUUAUCCGCCAGCUGACUAGCACUCUUCCAAAGCGGCGGAUCCUCAUCUGCGGCGCGUCGAAUCUGUCGGUCGAUAACAUCCUCGAGCGUCUUCUAGCGCUGCCCGAUAAACUCAAGGUGACGAGGAUCGGGCACCCGGCCCGUGUGAUGGCGAACCAGGGUGUCUUGGACUCCACACUAGAGGUCAAAGCGGGUCGGACUGAGCAGGCCGUCCUGGCGAAGGACGUUAAGAAUGAGCUGGAGACGGCGCUGAGCGUCUUGUCGGGCAAGGGCAAGGCGCCUCGUGGCCUGGAGCGCAGGAAGAUGUGGGACGAGGUCAAGGCAUUACGGAAAGAAUAUCGGCAACGUGAAGGCGGGGUCGUCGAAUCUGUGCUCUCUGAAUCCCAAAUCGUGUUGGCGACUUGUCAUUCUGCGGGAGGCCGCCAACUACGCAACCACGAAUUUGACGUUGUGAUCAUUGACGAGGCUACGCAGGCUCUCGAAGCUGUUUGCUGGGUUCCGAUCCUCAAGGGCAAGAAGCUGAUCUUGGCUGGAGACCCGAUGCAGCUUCCGCCGACGGUGCUGUCCAAGACCAAGACCAAGACCAAGACCAAGCCUGCGAAAAAGGCUGUUGUCAAGACAGAUGAGGAAGACAGUUCCGACUCAGAGAACUCGGGCGAUGAGAAACCGGCCAAAAAAGGACAAGAGCUCCAACCACCGAGGACGCUCGAGACAACCCUGUUCGAUCGGCUGGAAAGGAUGUAUGGAGGAAAAGUAAAGCGGAUGCUCCAAGUGCAGUAUCGAAUGCACGCAGAUAUCUGCGCGUUCCCGUCCAACACGCUAUAUGCCUCGAAGCUGACCUCAUCACCCGCUGUUGCCAGUAGACUGCUGAAGGAUCUCCCUGGCGUAGAUGGAGACGAAGAAUUGGCCGCACCGGUUGUCUUAUUUGAUACGGCGGGCUGCGAGUACUUUGAGCGAUCGGAAGGAGAUUCCGACGAGGGCAGUCGGUGUAACGAAAACGAGGCCACCGUCGUCAAGAACUGGGUGGACAAAUUGACGAGCUGUGGUCUUUUGCCAUCCCAAAUUGCAGUCAUCUCCCCCUACCAAGCCCAGGUCACGUUGCUGUCGUCCAUCUUGCGGCCGGUGUAUGGACUGGAUAUCGAGAUCGGGACUGUCGACGGCAUGCAGGGCCGAGAGAAGGAAGCGGUCAUCAUCAGCCUCGUCCGGAGCAACGACAAGCGCGAGGUGGGUUUUCUCAAAGAGAAGCGUCGGCUGAACGUGGCGAUGACGCGAGCGAAACGGCAUCUGUGUGUGGUAGGCGACUCGGGCACGGUGUCGCAUGGCGGGCGAUACCUCAAGCGAUGGAUGUCGUGGCUGGAGGAGAAUGCGGACGUCCGGUACGCAGGACUCGAUUGAUCAGUGGUCUGCGCCUCGGAUUCUGAAUUCAGCCAAAUAUAUUUCUGUACUGUGACUGGUUUCUUGUUUCCGGCUGCUGUUGUACUCGCUGGUAGAUGCUCUAAUCUUAUCAGUGAUUGCCGAUAUAUGAUCCGUCUGGCUCACUUGUGCUUGCGUCUCGACCACUCAACGCUCAUCAUCCCAACUCCGUUGUACCCGAGUGUAUGCAUGAACCUGCCAGAUUCUUGUUCCAGCACCAUAUCAACGCAUUCGCAAGAGCUGUUCCGUCCACCACCCGCG